GUCGACGAGCCCGAAGAUGCGGAAACAACUGGAGGGAACUCUUCGAUUAAGGUAGAGGACUCCGCCAAGAUCAAGGAAGAGAAGAGUGGCGUGAAGGUCAAGGCGGAGAAGGGCUUCGACGUGGACGAGAAGGAGUCGGCCAAGAAGGAAGACAUGAAGGAUAUCAAAAACGAGGGCAACGUGAAGCACGAGGGCGCGGUGAAGUCAGAGAAGCGCAUCAAGACCGAGAUCAAGGGCGACACCAAGGGCGAGGACUCCAAGAGGGAGGGCACCAAGGCAGAGUCGAAGACGGAGGGCACGAAGGGGGAGUCCAAGACCGAGGGCACCAAGAACGAGAAGACCAAGAACGAGGUGAAGGGCGAAGCGAAGGGCGAGGUAAAGCAGGAGGUCAAGCGGGAGAUCAAGGCGGAACGGGAACGGUCUGCAUCGAAAAAGAAGGACAAGAAGAAGAAAAAAGAAAAGAUGAAGAAGGAAAAACGCUCCGAGGAAAGGGAAGAGAAAAAACAGAAGAAGAAGGAGAAGAAGAGGAAGGCGGAGGAGGCCGAGGGCGGCGCGCGCAAGCGGAAGUCGAAGUGGGGCCCCGACACGGGCGGGUUCUCCAUGACCGCGAUCCCGUCAGGCCGCUCCGGCCUGAUGCCGCUGCCGAGCGUGGAGGACACGCUGCCGAAGUUCACGGACGAGGAGCUGAUCCAGCGCACCCUGUCCCUGGAGAACUUGUCCCUCAGCGUCACGGGCCAGGAGCUGAUCGAGUUCUUCAACGGCGCCGUCUUGGCCGUCACCGCCAACGCGGUCCAGCAG